AUGAAGUACCCAAAAAUAUUACCUGAGGUUGAAUUUAACAUUUCAUCAACUGGGAUUACAAUUUCCAGUGUCCGUUAUACAACAUCCCGUUUUCUUCCCUAUGACCAAGGAGGGAAGUGCCGUAAGUGUAAGAGCACAGAAGUUGAACUAGAUUUUAUAAUAGUAAAGGAAGGGGUUGUAGUCUAUUGCAGCAGGUUUGAGGGAAGCCGAUUUGUUCCUUUUGAUUUAUUAUAUGAUUUGCCAGGGCAUUGCUUUUUCAAAGUAAAGAAUAAAGGUCGAGUUUUUAAUGUACCAUACAAUGCUUCUACAGAUAUUCCCAAAACUGAACCAAUUGAACCACAAAUUCUCCCCACAAUUCCUGAAGAAGUGACACAGACACCCCAACCCUUGGAUACACUUCCUUCAAAAGAAGAGCUGGAUGAUUUCUUUCAGAGUUUAGAUGCAACGGUGACAGGAAUACCAACCGAUUAA